CUUCUUUUUCUUUGUUUUUUAAAAUACAGGGCAUGGGCAUUGUGGAGAGUUGGACACGUUGACUGGUUCAUUAUUUAACUUUACCACAUUGUCUUCUCUUAGUCUUCAGUUAUCAGAAACUUCCACCACCAACACAAAUUCAAUUCUCAGAGGUUGUGACAGUUACUUCUUCGAAAGCGCCAAAGCCAUAUUUGGUAUUACUCAGCAAUGGCCACCUUUCUCAAUUUUCUCUCUGCAAUUUUCUUCCUCAGUCUCAUUGGCCAAGGCAAUGGCCAAUGCUACCCAGUAACUGAUCUGAAAGUUUUCCAAACUCAAACAGGAGAUCAAGUGGGAAAUAAGCCACAAUGGAAAGUGACAAUCUUGAACGAUUGUAUAUGUACUCAAAUGAGUAUCAAAUUGGCCUGCAAUGGGUUUCACAGCACAGAGGAAAUUGACCCAUCAAUGCUGGCCAAAGCAGAUGACACUGCUUGUCAUAUUAACAAUGAGCAGCCACUCCAUGGACAUCACACCUUCAAUUUCACCUAUGCUUGGGAUGCUAUCUAUCCCUUCAACCCUAUCUACUCUGAAAUUGCAUGUUCUUAAUUUUAUAUAUAUGUUGAAGGCUUGAUUGCCCAGGACUGUACUGUACUGUAUAUAUGUGUGUGUUCCUCAUUUUGUGCUGCAUUUGAUCGUUGAUGCAAUGGGAAUUACUUUGCUAUUUUGAUAUCAUUUGAAUUUUCUCGAAAUAUUCUUCUUUUUCUCUUCUCACGAUUAGUUUUGAUUUCACUCUGUACACAUAAAAUAUAAAUUAAAGGUGGAAGAAAAUCAAUCAGAUAACCUUAAUUAGUAUUAACUAUCUGUUUAUCUGUUAAUGUUUAUAAAAUUUUUAAGAAAAUUAAUUAGGUAGGAUAGUCUCAUUAUUGGUUAAACAAAUGUAUUACAGAUUCUAUUACGUGAGACUCAUCAACCUACAUCCCUAGAACGGAAAGACCCAAUUAUAGCAAGGCCCAA